UCUGCGUAAUGACUUUCUGUAGGUCGCCUUCCAGUUUAGCCCUUUCCCACGGAACACGAACGCCGAACGUCUCAUUACUUGUUGUCCUGCCCGUGUGGGCACAACAUAAACACUUGAACUGUGAAAGUGUAAACACAACUAGAGAGAGUUACUGUUAUUACGGAGUUACGGAGGAGAACUCAGUAUUCUGCCUGACGAGACAGAAAACGGAAGAUAUUAUUUAAAGUUGGGCGAACCAGAACUCGGUGGAUAGCAUUUAGAAUAAAUGGAGUCUUCUGGCACAGUUCUGGCUUGCCGCCAGCUUAGUGAUCAUCCUGUGAGACACAUUCUGCCGGCGAAGAUGGCUCCAUUGAUGAAAUAUCGAGAGGCUACUGAGGUGUGCAAGGAGCAGGUGUUUGAGACCGAACGAUUCAUUGAAGGCAAGGAUGAGCUGUCUAAAGAGUGGGACGAGUUUCUCCAAGAUUAUCCCGAGUGUGAGCGAUUCCUCGAUACCGAGACUAUCCUCAAGAUCGACAACGGUGGCAGUUACGUCGAUCGUGACGAUAUCGUCUUUCCCUCCAGUACGUAUAAGGUCAACCUAACCGGGUUCUCUCCUGAAGAGGUUGUGGUACGAACACACGGUGGCAAACUUAACGUAGUAGCCUCCCAUGAGCAGCGCAAUGAGGACGGUUCCGUGUACACGAAGUCGGACAUAAUGACAGAGUUCCGUAUGCCUAACACAGUCAAUAAGGAGAAUAUCGUGAGCGAACUACAAGAAGGAAUGCAUCUGCUAGUGCACACUGGAGCGGACAUCUAAUCACUGUCGUCUCAAAACAUUGUUCUCGAUCGCUGUCAUUCAAGCAUAAAGCAUUUUGUCACACUGAUACAAUUUUGGUAUCGUACGAAAAUAAUCUCUAACGAUACGCAGACAUUUUACUUUCAUUUCAUGUUUCCUUAUCUCGUAGUGCUCGGGACUGAUCCGUUCCUUGUCACCAUGCCUAUUCCAAAAGACGUUUCGUGUAUACCUGUGACCUAACAUAAACCUCUCUAUGCGUAUUUCUUUUGUAAAUACACACGCAUCACCCUUAUCGCAUUUCUUUUCUUUAUUGGUGCUCGAGAAAGUAACUGAUUAUCAGUCAGUGUUUGAGUAGUUUGUUUGAUUUUAAUGCAAAUAAAUUCUGACUAAGAUCGCCAAUCCGGAGA